AUGUUCACUAUUCUCAAACUUGUGUUGAUUCUUACAAUGUUGGUCGCUCUGUUCACACUCUACCGCUCUCCACCGCUGCUAAUUUCUGAAACUCGAUCCACCGUUACUACAGAUCCUCGCUAUACAUCUACAGCUGAGAUAAACUGGAACAAUAUCUCACACAUUGUAGACAACUACUUAUCCGGUGGAAACAAGAAUCAAACAACUGCCUUUCUAAAUCUAAACGACAACGAAGUCAUUCGAUGGAAAGAGGUAACCAAAUCCGAUUCUCAACAUGUACCUUUGCAUCUAGACCACGCAGCAAGUAACAUAACUUGGGAAUCUCUAUACCCUGAAUGGAUCGACGAGGAAGAAGAAUCCAAAGUCCCCACUUGUCCUUCUCUUCCAUGGAUUCAAGUUCUCGGCAAGCCUCGGAUCGAUCUCGUCGUAGCCAAGCUUCCUUGUAACAAAUCAGGAAAAUGGUCAAGAGACGUCGCUCGUUUGCAUCUACAACUCGCAGCUGCUCGAGUCGCUUCUUCUUCCAAAGGCCUCCAUGAUGUUCAUGUGAUCUUGAUAUCUGAUUGCCUUCCGAUACCAAAUCUUUUCACCGGUCAAGAACUCCUUGCACGUCAAGGAAACACAUGGCUAUACAAACCUAACCCUAACUUGUUAAGACAAAAGCUAAACCUUCCUAUUGGUUCUUGUGAACUCUCUGUUCCUCUUCAAGCUAAAGAUAACUUCUACUCAUCAAACGAGAAGAAAGAAGCGUACGCCACAAUCCUACACUCUGCUGAAGAUUACGUCUGUGGAGCCAUCGCAGCAGCGCAGAGCAUUCGAAUGUCAGGAUCAACUCGCGACCUGGUCAUACUCGUCGACGAUUCGAUAACCGAGCAAUACAGAACCGGCUUGGAAUCUGCUGGAUGGAAGAUUCAGACUUUCGAAAGAAUCAGAAACCCUAAAGCUAAACCAAACGCGUACAACGAAUGGAACUACAGCAAGUUUCGUCUCUGGCAACUGACUCAAUACGAGAAGAUCAUCUUCAUUGACGCAGACAUGCUUAUACUACGAAACAUCGAUUUCCUCUUUGAAAUGCCUGAGAUAACCGCGACCGGAAACGACGGUACGCUGUUCAAUUCCGGUUUAAUGGUGGUCGAGCCGUCUAAUUCGACGUUCCGGUUAUUAAUGGAUCGUAUCGACGAGAUCGUGUCUUACAACGGAGGAGAUCAGGGUUACUUGAACGAGAUCUUCACAUGGUGGCAUCGGAUUCCGAAGCACAUGAAUUUCUUAAAGCAUUUCUGGGAAGGAGACGAACCUGAGGUUAAGGAAUUGAAGACGAGACUUUUCGGAUCCGAUCCUCUGAUUCUCUACGUUCUUCAUUACCUGGGUUAUAACAAGCCGUGGUUGUGCUUUCGAGACUACGAUUGCAAUUGGAAUGUGAAUAGUUACCAGCAAUUCGCGAGCGACGAAGCUCAUGCGACGUGGUGGAGAGUGCACGACGCGAUGCCGGAGAGAUUGCAGAGGUUUUGUUUGUUGAGAACGAAACAGAAGGCGCAGCUUGAGUGGGAUCGGAGACAAGCGGAGAAAGGAGAUUUCAGAGAUGGGCAUUGGAAGAUUAAGAUCAGAGAUGAGAGACUUCAGAAUUGCUUCGAAAGUUUCUGUAACUGGGAGAGUAUGCUUGAGCAUUGGGCCGAUAAAAAUGGUCUUUACGGUAAUCGAGAGCUCUUCAUCCUCUUCUUCUCUGUGUCGAGUGUUUCCGGGAGAAUCAAUUGUUGGGAGAAGAUGGAUUUGAUUUAUGGUUUCCGACCCAUUCAAUCUUCUCGCGGAAUUUCAUUUCUGCCUCAUUUAAGAAUAAGCAAUCAUUUCCUUUCGUCGUCGACGAGUCUCCGUUUUGGAUUCCCGGCGCCGCCGUUUAUUCAGUCUCCGAAAUUUUGCAUCGAGACUCACGCGAGAAAGAGUAAGAAGAGAACGAGUAUCGCUGAACCGAAACCGAACAAAGUCGAAAAAUCACUCUUUGAAGAAGAAGAAUUAAGUAACACAAAUGAUGAAGAAGAAGCAGAGGAAGAUGUUCUAAACGAGCUACUAACGGAUGAUGAAGACGAUGACUUCUAUCUCGACGAUGAGGAGUUCGAAGAGAGCGAGGAAGAGCUCUAUGCCGGAGAUGGAGGUGGUGGAGGAGGCAUAAAGCUCGCCGGAACAUUAUGGGAUAAAGAAGCAUUGACAUUAGCUGAGAAAGUCUGCGACUCCUUCAAUGGCGAAUUAGGAAUUUACGCCUUCAAGACUCUGCCAAACUCCACCAUACAAGUCCGAAUCGAGCGGCUCACUAACAAAUUCGGUUCACCAACAAUGGAAGACAUCGAAGCAUACUCUAAAAUCUACAGAGCAAAACUGGCUGAAGCAGAGCUUGCCAAGUCUAUACCGGACAGUAUUUCUCUAGAGGUUUCAUCUCCCGGCGUCGAGAGGGUUGUUCGGAUUCCGCAGGAUCUUGACCGGUAUAAGGACAGACCAAUGUACGUGAGGUACGGUGACAAAGAGGCUGAGUCCGAUGGUGAUGGGAUUUUCCGGCUGGUUUCUUACGACGUGGAAGCCAAAAGCUGCGUUUGGGGAAUCGCUGAUAUUAGAGUAAACAGAGAAAAAGCAGGCAAAGGCAGACCUUUAAGCAAGAAGCAAAGAGAAUGGCGACUCGAAACUUCUUUUGAGUCAUUACGGUUAGUUCGUUUGCAUUCUGAAUGUUAA